CCCUCGGGCUCGGGCCGGCGGCGGCGGCGGCGGCUCCGCUCCGCACUGCCCGGCGCCGCCUCGCCAUGGACGCGCGCGGGGGCGGCGGGCGGCCGGGGGAGAGCCCGGGCGCGACCCCCGCGCCGGGGCCGCCGCCGCCGCCGCCGCCCGCGCCCCCCCAGCAGCAGCCGCCGCCGCCGCCACCGCCCGCGCCCCCUCCGGGCCCCAGCCCAGCGCCCCCUCCUCAGGCGCCCCGGACAGAGGCGGCUCCCCCGGAGGCGGCGGACGAGGGCGGCCCGCGGGCCCGGCUCCGCAGCCGCGACAGCUCGUGCGGCCGCCCGGGCACCCCGGGCGCGGCGAGCACGGCCAAGGGCAGCCCGAAUGGCGAGUGCGGGCGCGGCGAGCCGCAGUGCAGCCCCGCGGGGCCCGAGGGCCCGGCGCGGGGGCCCAAGGUGUCGUUUUCGUGCCGCGGAGCGGCCGCAGGGCCCGCUCCGGGCCCGGCGGACGAGGCGGGCAGCGAGGAGGCGGGCCCGGCCGGGGAGCCGCGCGGCAGUCAGGCCAGCUUCAUGCAGCGCCAGUUCGGCGCGCUCCUUCAGCCGGGCGUCAACAAGUUCUCGCUGCGGAUGUUCGGCAGCCAGAAGGCCGUGGAGCGGGAGCAGGAGCGCGUCAAGUCAGCGGGGGCCUGGAUCAUCCACCCGUACAGCGACUUCAGGUUCUACUGGGACUUCACCAUGCUGCUCUUCAUGGUGGGAAACCUCAUCAUCAUCCCCGUGGGCAUCACCUUCUUCAAGGACGAGACCACGGCCCCAUGGAUUGUGUUCAACGUGGUCUCAGACACAUUCUUCCUCAUGGACCUGGUGCUCAACUUCCGCACGGGCAUCGUGAUUGAGGACAACACGGAGAUCAUCCUGGAUCCUGAGAAGAUCAAGAAGAAGUACCUGCGCACGUGGUUCGUAGUGGACUUUGUGUCCUCCAUCCCCGUGGACUACAUCUUCCUCAUUGUGGAGAAGGGCAUCGACUCCGAGGUCUACAAGACAGCGCGCGCCCUGCGCAUUGUGCGCUUCACCAAGAUCCUCAGCCUGCUGCGCCUGCUCCGCCUGUCGCGCCUCAUUCGCUACAUCCAUCAGUGGGAGGAGAUCUUCCACAUGACCUAUGACCUGGCCAGCGCGGUCAUGCGCAUCUGCAACCUCAUCAGCAUGAUGCUGCUCCUGUGCCACUGGGAUGGCUGCCUGCAGUUCCUGGUACCGAUGCUGCAGGACUUCCCGCGCAACUGCUGGGUCUCCAUCAACGGGAUGGUGAACCACUCGUGGAGCGAGCUGUACUCCUUCGCACUCUUCAAGGCCAUGAGCCACAUGCUGUGCAUCGGGUACGGGCGGCAGGCACCGGAGAGCAUGACAGACAUCUGGCUGACGAUGCUGAGCAUGAUCGUGGGCGCCACCUGCUAUGCCAUGUUCAUCGGCCAUGCCACCGCCCUCAUCCAGUCACUGGACUCUUCACGGCGCCAGUACCAGGAGAAGUACAAGCAGGUGGAGCAGUACAUGUCCUUCCACAAGCUGCCCGCCGACUUCCGCCAGAAGAUCCACGACUACUAUGAGCACCGCUACCAGGGCAAGAUGUUCGACGAGGACAGCAUCCUGGGCGAGCUCAACGGGCCCCUGCGGGAGGAGAUUGUCAACUUCAACUGCCGGAAGCUGGUGGCCUCGAUGCCACUGUUUGCCAACGCUGACCCCAACUUCGUCACGGCCAUGCUGACCAAGCUCAAGUUCGAGGUCUUCCAGCCAGGUGACUACAUCAUCCGUGAAGGCACCAUCGGCAAGAAGAUGUACUUCAUCCAGCACGGGGUGGUCAGCGUGCUCACCAAGGGCAACAAGGAGAUGAAGCUGUCCGACGGCUCUUACUUUGGGGAGAUCUGCCUGCUGACGCGGGGCCGGCGCACGGCGAGCGUGCGGGCUGACACCUACUGCCGCCUCUACUCAUUGAGUGUGGACAACUUCAACGAGGUACUGGAGGAGUACCCCAUGAUGCGGCGGGCCUUUGAGACCGUGGCCAUCGACCGCCUGGACCGCAUCGGCAAGAAGAACUCGAUCCUGCUGCACAAGGUGCAGCACGACCUCAACUCGGGCGUGUUCAACAACCAGGAGAACGCCAUCAUCCAGGAGAUCGUCAAGUACGACCGCGAGAUGGUGCAGCAGGCCGAGCUGGGCCAGCGCGUCGGCCUCUUCCCGCCACCACCACCGCCGCAAGUCACCUCCGCCAUCGCCACGCUGCAGCAAGCUGUGGCCAUGAGCUUCUGCCCGCAGGUGGCGCGCCCGCUGGUGGGGCCCCUGGCGCUAGGCUCGCCACGCCUUGUGCGCCGCCCGCCCCCGGGGCCUGUGUCUGCUGCCGCCUCACCCGGGCCCGUGCCCACCGCCAGCCCCCCGGGCGCACCCGCCAGUCCCCGGGCGCCGCGGACCUCGCCCUAUGGCGGCGCACCCGGCUCUCCCGCUGCACCCCGCGCCGGACCGGCGCUGCCCGCGCGUCGCCUGAGCCGCGCCUCACGCCCACUGUCCGCCUCGCAGCCCUCGCUGCCCCACGGCGCACCUGGUCCCGGCCCCACGGCCUCGGCACGCCCGGCCAGCAGCUCCACACCGCGCCUAGGGCCCGCGCCUGCCACCCGGGCCGCGGCGCCCAGCCCGGAUCGCAGGGACUCGGCCUCACCCUCGCCCGGCGCUGCCGGUGGCGGACUCGAUCCGCUGGACUCUGCGCGUUCACGCCUCUCAUCCAACUUGUGACCCUCGCGCGCCGCCCCGUGAGCCUGGGCGGGCCGGGGCGGGCCGUCAUCCAGACCAAAGCCAUGCCAUUGCGCACAGCCCAGGCCUCCCGCCCCAGAAGCCAUAGAGAUGUAGGUAGCUGUAGUCGGACGGGCGGCCUGGGCGGGCGGGACCACCCCGCCAAGCCCCCGCUGAGCCCCCCAUCGCCCUGCGCCCACCCACAUGGCCCCUGCCCCUGGCGGCCUUGCGUCGGGGCUCCCUUCACCUCGGUGCCUCAGUUCCCCCAACUGUGACGCGGGGACAGGGCUGGACUGGGCAAGAGAGCAAGAGAUGGUGGUGGAGCCUGGCCCGCCGCGGUGGCCCACUGAUGAGGGUUGUUUUUUAAGUGCAAUACUUGGCCCGCCGGCUUCCGCUGCCCCCGUCGCGCUCACGCAAUAACCAGCCCGGUCCCUGUGCGCGCACACGUCCGUGGUGACCUCCCCGGAGCGGGCACGCCCAGCUCCCUCCAACACCCAGGACCGGCGGUCCUGGCCGCGCCUGGGCGUGGGGGGGAGGCUGGGGGGAGGGGGUCCGCCAGUGUGAUGAAUGUACUGACGAGCUGAGGCAGCAGCGCCCGCCCCCGCCCCCCACUAACCCCCAUGCCCCCAUUCCGCGCAAUAAACGACAGCAUUGGCGCCCA